AUGGCUAAUAGCCAGAGCAACUGUGUUUUUGUUCACACAAAUCUCAACACUCGUUUCACAGUUCUUGCUCAUAACGAUGAAACCAUAUCCAGCUUCAAAGAAAACUUAUGCAAGGAGCAUAAACUGUGCUUUCCACAAUUUGGAGAAAUUACAAUCUCUGCACUCAAGGUUGAACGUGAGGGUCUUUAUUACCACUUGCCUGAUUCUCUGAUUUUGAGUAAGAUUUUUUACGGCAUCAGUAAGAAGAACUGGUUUCUACGUGUCGAUGUCCUAGGAGUUGAGGAGGACAUGGUGACUAUAACGCCUGCUGACCAAACUUGUCCAAACCCUCCUUUGCUUGAGGAAAGGACAGAGAUCACCAAGGAUCUGACUCUUGCACAAGUACCGGAUCUUGUAAUAGGAAAAGAUGUGCAUUACAUGGAUGAAGAAAAAGAUGUGCAAGCCAACCAAACUGUUAAAAAAAGAUCUGAAUCGAAGAAGAGAACGCGAACAACGAGAGACACGAAGCAACCUACUGAUGCUGCUCCUAAACGCUCAAGAAAAAUUGUGAAGAAGAAGGACAAAGUAUCUGGAAGCAUAGAUGGUCUUGUUGCUACUUCUGAAUCUGUUCCAAUCUCAGGAGGUGAAAAGCUUUUUGAAGCAAUACAACAAGAAACUGAGAUGGUUAGUAAAGGUGAUGCACUUAUCUUGGUCUCGGAAAGCAAAAUCGAUGAAAACAGAAACAUCAAACAUGAAGUUGAUAAGGACAAUGGUGAAAUGGAUGCUGUUGAGGCUAAAUAG